AUGGACGUGAUAUUCGAGCCAUCAUGCGGGAAGAAGCCGUUCACCGUCGAAGUGGGCUUCUUCGACACCGUUUUGGAGAUCAAAGAGAAGAUCCAGAAAUACCAGAGCAUCCCCGUCGCCACCCAAACCCUAGUCUUCAACGGCCGCGUUCUCCCCGACGAAAACGACGUCGGCCUGUGCGAAAUCCUCCAGUUCUCCCGCGUCCGUCUCGUGCUUACGACGCCGUCGUCGCCGCCGCCCUCCGAACCGAAAAAGAAACCAAGGAUCGCAUCCGCAGACGACGAAGACGAAGAAGAGAAGGAGAUGAAAAUACAGCUGCUUCUGAGAAUGCCGGAGGCGGGGGUGUCGGUGGAGAUGGACCCGAACGACAUCGUUAUGCGGCUGAAGGAAAAGAUUCAGGAGAUCGAAGGCGUCCCGGUCUACCGCCUGGCGCUGCACGCCAAGGGAAAGGAAUUGGACGACCACCUGAGUCUGCGGGAGUGCGAGCUUUCUCAGCAUUCGGAGAUUGACGUGGGCCUAAUCAAUAAGGAGAAGGGGAUGAAGACGGUGACGAUGAUGAAGAUGAAGAUGAAGGUGAUGGUGCAACCGAGGUGCGGGAGCAGGAAGAUAGCGGUGGAGGUGAGCGCAGGGGACAGCGUGGGGGAGCUGAGGAACGAGUUGCAGCGGCUGCAGAGCAGUCUCCAGUUUCAUCUGCCCGCGGAGGGGUAUUUCUUUAUACACAAUCAGAAUGUGAUGGAUGAGGACCGGUCGUUCCGGUGGCACCGCGUCGCUCCCGGCGACACCAUUGAGAUUUUCAAUGGCACCGUCACCGCCGGAUCCUAGCCAUGCAUGCAUGCAUGCCUACUGCCUUUGAUCUUAUAAUGCCGAGAUUAAUUUUCUUUUUUUACUUUUUUUUUUUUUUUUUGUUUAUUUAAGAUUGACGUCCCUGGUUAUGUUCUCCUUGUUGCCCCUGGUGUGGCUGUUCCUAGUGAUUUCGACAAGACCUUGCUAGUACAAUAGUAUGGACCCCACAUUAUUGUAUCCGAAGAAACCCUACCAUAUGGGUCCAUGUCAUCGAGGGCACGUGACACGGCAUAACUCAUGCGGUUAAGAUAAUGUAUGAUCAAUACUAAUCUUACAUUUUUUGCAAGAUGCUAUUUCGAUACCUCGAACUCGUGACUUCUAGGUCACACGGU